UCCUCCCUCCCUUUACCCAUUUUCUCUCUCUCCCUCUCUCUCUCUCUCUCUCUCUCUCAAUCCCCUCCGAUCUCGAUCGCCGGGAUCCUCCAUUCCCCUCCCACACUUGGAUCUAGAAGGUUCAAGAAGCUUCCGGAAGGCUCGCGCGCCUCCCGUCUCGCGGGAGCCGUUGUUGAUGGAGUCGAUCAUCGCGCGGGCGCUCGAGUACACCCUCAAAUACUGGCUCAAUUCCUUCUCCCGCGACCAGUUCAAGCUCCAGGGACGCACCGCGCAGCUCUCCAAUCUAGAUAUCAAUGGAGAUGCUCUCCAUGCGAGCCUCGGGUUGCCUCCGGCGAUCAAUGUGACUACUGCGAGAGUCGGGAAGUUGGAGAUCACGCUUCCGUCCGUUUCGAAUGUGCAAGUGGAGCCAAUUGUGGUUCAGAUCGAUAGGCUUGAUUUAGUUCUUGAGGAAAAAGCGGAUUUUGACAGUGCGAAGAGCCCGAGCAGUGGUCAAUCAUCGACGACCUCGAUGAAGGGCAGUGGAUAUGGAUUUGCUGAUAAGAUUGCAGAUGGAAUGACUGUGGAAGUUGGUACUGUUAACCUGCUGCUGGAAACACGGGGUGGUGCUCGCCGGAAAGGAGGUGCAACUUGGUCACCGCCGCUCGCAUCCCUCACAAUACGCAAUCUUGUACUAUAUACCACAAAUGAAAACUGGCAGGUCGUUAACCUUAAAGAAGCCAGGGAUUUCUCCAACAAUAAAGGGUUCAUCUAUGUUUUUAAGAAAUUGGAGUGGCAGUCACUAUCAGUCGACCUGUUACCUCACCCUGAUAUGUUUACUGAUGCAAGAUUCAACUCUUCUAGCAGUAAAGACAACAGGAAAGAUGAUGAUGGUGCAAAGAGACUGUUCUUUGGGGGCGAAAGGUUCCUAGAAGGAAUUUCUGGAGAGGCUAACAUCACACUGAAGCGAACAGAACUGAAUAGUCCACUUGGCCUUGAGGUCCAGUUGCAUAUUACUGAAGCUGUCUGUCCAGCCUUAAGUGAACCAGGUUUACGAGCUUUUCUGCGGUUCAUGACGGGAUUAUAUGUCUGCUUAAACAGGGGAGAUGUGGACCCAAAGGCACAGCAGCAUUCUACAGAAGCGGCAGGAUGUUCCAGGGUUUCUAUUCUUGUAGACCAUAUAUUUCUAUGCAUAAAGGAUGCUGAAUUUCAGCUAGAAUUUUUGAUGCAGUCACUCUUUUUCUCUCGGGCAAGUGUCUCAGAUGGAGAAAAUACCAAAAACUUGUCUUGCAUAAAGGUUGGAGGGCUAUUUCUGAGGGACACCUUUUCUCACCCUCCGUGCACGUUGAUACAACCAUCAAUGCAAGCCAUUGCAGACGAAUCGCUGAUUGUGCCAAAAUUUGGUGAAAAUUUCUGUCCUCCAAUCUAUCCCUUUGGUAACCAGCAGUUGCAAUUUGAUGUUGGUGUUCCUCUGAUUUGCCUGCACUCUCUUCAGAUUAAUCCUGCACCUCUCCCUCCAAAGUUCGCUACUCAAACUGUCAUUAGCUGCCAACCUCUUAUGAUUACUCUUCAGGAAGAGUCGUGUUUAAGAAUCUCUUCUUUCUUAGCUGAUGGAGUUGUGGUUAAUCCUGGUUCUGUAUUACCGGAUUUCUCAGUUAAUUCACUAGUAUUUACACUCAAGGAGUUCGAUCUCUCUGUUCCUCUAAAUGUUGGAAAAUUCUCAAAAUUAACUGAAGAUGAAAACCAUAGUUCCCAUACUAACUUUUCGGGAGCUAGACUACAUGUCGAGGACCUGUACUUCUCUCAAUCUCCAUCGCUAAAAUGCUCCUUAUUAAAUCUGGAAAAAGAUCCAGCGUGCUUUAGUCUCUGGCCAUUUCAGCCCAUUGAUGCUAGUCAGAGGAAAUGGGCUACUCGAGCUUCACAUAUUAGUCUCUCAUUAGAAACAAAUACGAAGGAUAGUUCUACUUUGGGGUCUGCAAAUUUGUGGAGAUGUGUUGAGAUUCAUAAUGCUCGUUUUGAGGCCGCCAUGGCCACUGCUGAUGGGAAUCCUUUAAUAGACUUGCCUCCCCCACAAGGCAUAGUAAGAAUUGGGGUAGCAUGCGAACAAUACAUUUCUAACACUUCGGUUGAGCAGCUUUUCUUUGUUUUAGAUCUUUAUUCUUACUUUGGCAGAGUCGGAGAAGAAGUUAAAAUGCUUAGCCAGAGUAACAAGCAGAGGACAGACAGCAGCGAGUCAUUAGGUGAAAUACUGAUGAAAAAGUUACCUAGUGAUACUGCUGUUAGUUUAGCCAUGAAUGAUCUCCAGCUUAAUUUUUUGGAUUCUUCAUUGUCUGACAUUCAAGGCAUGCCUUUAGUUCAGUUUGGUGGAGAAGACCUAUUUCUGAAAGUUUCCCAUCGCACUCUUGGUGGUGCUUUUGCAGUCUCAACCAGUUUACUUUGGAAAGCUGUCUCUAUCAACUGUCAAGAUGGAGAAGCAGUGGCUUGUGAGAAUGGAAAUGGACAUUCUAAAAUGAGAGCCGUUUUUUGGGUUGAUAAUAGAAGCAAGAAUCAGGUGCAGGUAGUUCCUCUUUUGGACAUUAGUGUAGUUCAUAUGAUGCCUUACGAUGUGAAAGAUGUGGAAUGCCAUAGUUUGCAAGUUUCUGCUAAAAUAUCGGGCGUACGUCUUGGUGGUGGGAUGAAUUACACCGAAUCUUUGCUGCAUCAAUUGGGUAUUCUUGGGCCGGAUGGUGGGCCUGGGGAGGGACUGUUGAAGGGACUGAGGGAUUUAUCCUCUGGUCCACUCGCGAAGCUUUUCAGAUCAUCUCCCGCUGUUAAUAUCGAUAAACACGAUGGGCAAGUCAAAGAAGAAGCUCACGGUAAACUGGUGGAGUUGGGGACGCCGGAUGAUCUUGAUGUGUUAAUAGAGCUAAAGAAUUGGUUAUUUGCUCUUGAAGGGGCAGAGGAAGCGGCGGAAGUAUGGUCCACAUGCAAUGGUGAGGUUUUCUGUAGAGAAGACAGGUGUUGGCAUACAACUUUUCGGAAUUUACGAAUAACAGGAAAAAGCAGUGAUAAACCUAACUUGAGCAACUCAGGCAAGAUAUGCAGGAAGCUAGCAUUUCCUGUGGAAUCUAUCACGGUGGGAGUGGAAGGUUUGCAGGCAAUAAAGCCUCGCGCCAAAAACGAAAUUAUACAAUCAAGUACAAAAUAUAUUGAUGGAAUAGAGAGAGAAACAAAGAGCGUAGAAUAUGUCAGUAACAAAGAAGGUAUAGAUGUUGAGGCGACAUUGGUAGUCUCCGAGGAUGACAAUGAUGAAUCAGCCAAAUGGGCAGUAGAGAAUAUCAAGUUUUCUGUGAAACAACCGAUUGAGGCCGUUGCUACCAAAGAAGAGCUAGAGCACCUUGCCUUUCUAUGCAGGUCUGAAGUCGAUUCAAUGGGUAGAAUUGCUGCAGGAAUACUGCGUUUACUAAAGCUUGACGAAUCUCUUGGGAGGGCUACCAUUGAUCAGCUAAGUAAUCUUGGAAGUGGUGGCAUGGACAGAAUUUUCUCGCCUGGAAAGCUAAGUAGGCGGAGUAGUUUCGGAAGCAUCAGCUUCACCCCUAAAACCCCUACUUCAAAUUUGAUGAUGGAAAGCUCAAAUGAGGGUUUGGAAGCGACGAUUUCUUUACUUGAAGCCGAGGUUGCAGAUUCACAGGCCAAAUGCUCCACACUGGUCUCAGAGAUGAAUGACUCAAAUGGUUCCAUUGGCGUUGAUGAAGUCAAACAAUUGAACCAAAAGCUCGAGAGCAUGCAAAUCCUAUUGAUGAGAUUGCGAGCUUUGAUUUGAUGUUCUACUUGAGAGUCCCCUCUUUUUGGUUUUUUGGUGGAUAGGGUCAGGAUCAAACUGAAAUUCUGUCCUUGUUCACGGCUUCUAUUCUUUUUGUACAUAAUAUAUGUAUGUUGCCGAGUGUAUACUAGGUUGGAAUAAUAAGCAUCCUUGUUCAAGGCUUCUAUUCUUAGGAAAUUCUUUUUUACGUAAAAUAUACCUUGAAUCAUUUUGUCGAGAGAAGAUGUCGAAGAAGAAAUGAGAGUUUUGCUUGUAUCAAUUGUCAAAAUGCCAUGGCAAAACCAAAGAAUCAGCUUCUGAAA